AUGGCAGCUGAGGCUAAGGCACUGAGCCCUUUGGAAUAUUCAUUACCUUAUACACCGAAGUUUGCACGAUGCAACAAUCCCAGCACUGAAUUCUAUGAUGAGGAACUUAAUAAAUGCUGCAGCCAGUGCCCUCCAGGUCAAUAUAGAACAGGGAGCUGCAGCCACACCGUGGACACCAAGUGCAGCCCCUGCAGGCCUAAAACGUACACAGCGAUCUGGAAUCGUUCUCCACUGUGCUUUGCCUGCUCACCACCCUGCAGGAAAGGGCUUGUACAGAAUCAAACAUGCACGAGGUCCCAGGACAGAAUCUGUAGCUGCCCACCCCACAAGUACUGCGUUUCCAAGCUAGACGAGUACUGUGAAGUGUGUAGAGCACAUAAAAAAUGUGGCAAAGGUUACCGGGUUUCCAGAAGAGGGACGGACAGCACAGACACAGAAUGUAAACCUUGUCCUCCUGGCACGUUUUCCCCUGAGGAAUCCUACAACACCAGCUGUACACCCCAUACAAGGUGUGAAUCAGUGGCUGUUCCUGGGAACAGCAGGAAUGACACUGUUUGCAGUGACUCAGGAACAGCCACAGUUCUGCCUCACACCUUUUUGGACAAACUUCUGACCCAAAGCUCAGCUUCCCACAAACCUGAAAUAAUAACUCAACCUGUCACGUUAAACUCUGCAUCUGACCUGUCCCACAUCACUGGAGCAGUAGCAGGGCCAUUGUUAUUGGUCCUGAUAAUUGCUAUUUUGGGGUAUUGCAUAGUCUCAAAAAAAAAUGCCCUGGCGUACUCUGCACCAGCUACAGAUUUGCCUUUUUCCCCUCCAGAAAAACAACGUGACAAAAGAGUGAGAGAUACAGAAUUGCAGAACUCCAGGAAUUCUGAACAGGAGCAACAGCACCUCUUGGAAACUUCUGGGUCUAGCAGUAGCAUCCUGAAUAAUCCAACUGGAUGUGCAAACAUCAGUGUAAUCAGUAAAACUAAUAAUGAAAAUAAAAACCCAGGAGGAUUUCAGCAGCAACAUUCACCUCCAGAAGGUUCUAAACUCCAGAGUGGAGACAGACACAGCUCUGCGAGUUCAGAACAUUGUGGUAACGGAGGAACACAGGUGAAUGUGACGUGUAUUGUUACAUUUUGUAGCCCAGAUUGCAGCUCCCAGAGCCCUGAGCAGAAUAGUUCAACUAGCAGGGAUUAUGGACACACCCCCUGUUAUUCCCCAAGAGGGGAAGAAACCCACCUUUCCAAAGAAGAAAAUGCCUUGAAAAAAGAAACUGAAAUUCACAUCCCAGUGGAAAAUGAGGACAAUUUACUUCAAAACUUACUUCCAGAAGAAAAGAAGAUUCCUCUUGGUAUUCAAGAUGCUGGGAUGAAAACCAGUUGAAGGAAAAUACAGAUCCAUAUGCUGAUUGAUUGACUGAUUGAUUGAUAAAAUUAACUGAACCUCUUGUUUUAUAAAACAAACAUUAUGGUAAAUGUAGCUUUCUUACAGAGAUUUGAAAUUUCAGAUGAAUAUAGACACUGAUGCUUUUGAGGUUUUUAUCGUCUUCUGUCGCUUUGCAGUUUAAAAGAAAAAGCAUUCAAACAUUUUAAAACUGAAUGGCCAACUCCUCCCUUUCUUCUAUGAUACCCUGAAAGGACCUUUAUGAGACUUGAAAAGGAAUGUUUUUCCAACUUUAUGGUGCUAAGUUUUCCCCUCAGACCUCUUGUGAUGAUGAUUUUUAUUCAAGGCUGCCACGUGUCAAGAAUAUGGCUGUGACCAGCACUUCUAAGGAACUGGAGUUAAAUUAUCAUUUUUUCAAUGCUCAGGAAUCAUCAGUUUGAUUUGAAUUUUAAAGCUGUUGCAUUCAGUUUCCUAUCCUGUAUCUUAGUUGCCAUCCUUUCCCUCUUCCUCCUGGAUAUUUGUAUUAUUACUACAGUUUGGUUUUUCUCAUUAUCAGAACAAAUUUCUCAAGUACAUAUAGGAUAUCAGGAAGUGAAAUCUUUUACACAAGAUUUUUUUUACAACUAAAAUUACAACUGUUAUGUCUAAACAGCAGCAAUUCAUUGCCUGUACAUAGUUCAUUUUGUUUUAGAAGGGAGAACCUAGAUUGAACUGUUAUCUUGGAGCAGGAAGUUCCUUUUGUUGACAGCCCUAGUUUGUCACCUUUGUGUCCUGCUGAUGUAACAUGUUUCCCCAAUUGAUCCUGACCUCAUUUCUGAGGUAAAGCAUAAAUCCUAAAUAUUUUCCCUGUGUUCAGUGACUAUUAGAGCAAAUCCCUGUGAUUAUCUCUGCCAGAUAACUCACUGCCCUCAGGUGGCAGAGCAUCAUCUGUAAUAAACGGAAUUUACUCAGACCUCAGAACCUGAAAAUCCUGUUCUCCUCCACUGCUUGAUGAUGCUGAAGCUCCAACCACCUCUUACAGAAAAUUAGUGGAGGUUCUCCUUGAAUCAAGUGGUUAGGAAGCCAAUAUUUAGGCAUCCACUUCCCAUAAUUAUAUUUUACUUAUGUGACUUAACUGUCAAUUGUGGUGGCUGUGUUCAACCAGAAUCUGCAAUUCAGAGUCUGAAUUCCAUGGCAGUGAGGUCAUACAGUGACACUUAAUCCUUGUUUUAUGCCAUAAAACCCUGUACUUCCCACUGAACUAUCCUAAUCUAUCUCAAGACAGACACAGUGGUUACUACUGAGGCCUGAGAUGUAAAAGGUUCUUUUGGAAUAACAUUUAUUCUAUUGCUACAAAAGCAUAUUCAGAUUCUGAAAAUACAACUUUUAAACCUCCACAAAACCUGUAAUAUUAUGUAAGCUGCUAUUAUUUCAGGAACUGACAAACUGGUCUGUAGUUCUACUAUGAAGAAACUUUAUGCAAAUUUGUAUUGAAGGUAAUUUUCAGGAAAGACUUUGGAAAUAAGCACAUUGAAACUAGUACAGAUUUUAAGGAUUUAGGCAAGGACCUAAUUUUUCAUAGCACUAUGAACCUCUUGCACUGUAAUACUGCUGUCAGCCAAUUUUUUCUCCAUCAGCUCCACUCUUGGGGCCAUAUUGAAGCAGCAGAGGAAGAUUUUUGAAGUUUAAAAACAUGAAAAAGGAGGAUCCUGUUACAGUAGUUAAUUUACUGAGUUUUCAAAUUAAGGAGCUAUCACAGAGGGAAAAUCCGAGUUUCAUGUUGAAGCUGAAAAAAUGAGCUUGCAUUUGGUUAUAAAAAUAAA